AUGGUGUCUUUCAUUUUUAUGUUUGUUCUAAUUAAACUGACCUUACUUUCUACCGCAUGUAAUAAUGUUUUAGAAAAAAGUGCAAGUGCAAAUACAAGUUUGGAUUCUGUUGGUGAAAUUUCAUCGAUUAAUUAUAGAACCAAUUUAACAGAUUUUACUUUUACACUUUCCAAUUCAUCUGGCUUUAUAGACACUCGUAACGAGUCUAAAUCGAACCAAGUUGAUUGCUUCGGUUUGGGAAAAACAUUGGCUGCUACUUUGGAGUGGUUUUUUAUGAGUAAACCUAAUGGGACAAAUGCUUUGGAUGUCCAAUUCUUUCUGUCUUCGAGAAAACAGUCUCAACGUGUUCAAGUAAUGGUCGGCAAACAAUUUGGGUUAGAAUGGACAGAUUUUCAAAUUGGACGAGAAACAAUAAUAAUAGUUCAUGGGUUUUUAUCGCAUGGACAAGAAUCAUGGAUUAGCAACUUGGAACAAUCAUUUCUUCAAUGGAACGAUGUUAAUGUCGUAGUGGUAGAUUGGAGUACCGGUGGUAAUACUUGGAAUUACUACAAAGCAGCAGUUAAUACAAGGGUGGUGGGAUAUCAAAUUGCAAGAUUUUUAGGCCACAUAGAGAAUGCAACGAGCAUUCGUAAUACAUCUGCCGCCGAUAUUUGGGGACCUUUACAUUUGGUGGGUCACAGUCUUGGAGCGCAUAUUUGUGGUUUUACCGCGAAAGAAUUAAAGAGAAGACAGAGUAAAUGGAAAGUUGCAAGAAUAACAGGACUCGAUCCUGCGCAACCUUGUUUUAAAAAUGCAGAUUCCACCGUAAAACUUCACAAGUCCGAUGCACCAUUUGUCGAUAUCAUACACACCAACGGCAAAUUGCUUACCGAAAUUGGGUUAGGCUUACCAGAGCCUAUAGGUCACGUUGACUUUUAUCCAAACGGUGGCAAAAGUCAACCUGGUUGCGUAAAAAUAGAUUCUUCGUAUUUCGAAUAUUUACCAAUUCCUCUUCGAGUAAUUAAUAAGUCUAUAUGCAGUCACGGGCGUUCGUACAUUUAUUUGACGGAAUCUUUAAUAUCCGACAUUAAACAUAAUUGCACUUUCUGGGCGCAUCAUUGGGAUUUAUCGUAUCGAAGCUUAGCGGGAAUUGCGGAAGAGCCUUGCAAUAAAAAUAUUUGUACCGAAAUGGGCAUAAAUGCAGUGAAUUAUCCUCAACGGGGAACGUUCUUUGUUGCUACUUCGAACGGUGUACCAUUUUGUAUUAACAAUACUCGCAUCAUCGACGAAGUAAUAAUUCAGUUGGAAAAGGAUCAUGAAAACGAACUCGACGAUUAAGAUUCACCAAUGAAUUAAUAAUAUAUAUAUAUAUUAUUGAUAUACAUAUAUUAUUGAUUUAUAAAUAAGUUCUCUGUACUUAAAAUUACCAUUACAUGCGAUUCUUAAAUUACUAACGUCUUCUAAAUGUUAUUUACAAUUGGAUUUCCACUAAUCAAACGAGUUAUGUACAUUUCACGUCGUUUAAUUUAAUUCGUAAUCGCUACGUAAAGAAAUAAUCUACAGAAAGUUGCGAAAGUGAACGAGUGUUUCUGUACGCUUUCAUGUCGGACGUACACUACUCUUACGUUAUAUCGUAGUGACUUUAUGAAAUGUUUUCUGUGACGGCAUCGUAAAAUCAUUUCACCCUUUCAAGUUUUCCUUUAAUACGUUAUUUAAAUCUAAAUAAACGCUAGGCUAAGCUACCAUAUAUUUAAAUUUCAACUUUUCCCGGUAUUUUCGCUCAAAUGAAUAGCCAUCUAGCGUUCAAGAGACCGAACUAAUUUUCGGAGUUUGGUCAGCGCCUCUAUCGGGAAAACGAUGCCGUCGCAGACUGCACGUCACCAGUUAAAGAUUAACAAUAGGCGCAGCGUUACAUCGUAUCGCGAUACUGUAGUUUACAUCGAUACUAUACGUUAAUUAUAAAUUAUAAAAUGUUGAUC